CCACAAAGAUGUUCAGACUCUUUGGUCUUCUCAUUUUCAUGAACACUGCACUGGCUGUGGAUGUUGUUCAGCCCAGUCUCCUGAUGAGGGUUGAGCUUGGAGACAAUGUGACCCUGACAUGCUUCUGUCCAGAAGAUGGUUCUUUUGCUGUUUGGUUUAAGCAAGCUGUUGGUCAGAAGCCCCAGCUCAUGGCGAAGGCAGUUGAUCUUUUAUCUGGUGAAUUUUACAAGGAAUAUAAAAAUAUAAAACGUUACUCCUUACAGAAUGCAAAGGGGAGUUUUAACCUCACCAUUUCUAAUGUGGAGCCGUCAGAUUCUGCAGUGUAUUAUUGUGCUACUGUGUUUCUUCAUGAGGUCACCUUUGGGAAUGGAACCUUUGUCAUAAUCACAGGUGAAGACUCCAACAGCAGGACUGUGGUACAGCAGCCUGUGUCUGACACAGUGCAGCCAGGAGACUCUGUGAGCCUGCAGUGUACAAUAGAGACUGGGAGCUGUGCAGGAGAACACAGUGUUUACUGGUUCAGAUAUGGAUCAGGAGAAUCCCUUCCAGGAGUCAUUUACAGCCACAGAAACAGGAGUGAUGAGUGUGAGAAGAGCCCUGAGGCUGGAUCUCCUACACAGAGCUGUGUCUACAGCCUCCCCAAGAGGAACCUCAGCCUCUCUGAUGCUGGGACUUACUACUGCGCUGUGGCCAUGUGUGGGGAGAUGCUGUUUGGGAACGGCACACAGCUGGAUAUAGAUGGCUAUCAGAACCUGCUGGAUCCUCUUUACUCUGGCUUGCUGAUAGUUUUAUCUUGCAGCAUUAUUCUGAACGUUGCCCUCAUUUGUAUUAGAUGUAAAAUGACCUGUACACACUGCGCAGUUCAUGAGUUUGUGGAGGACAAGUUCAUCUCCAUUCUGGUCGUGAACUUCGAGAGGAGCCCACUGACCAUGGAGAACUUGCAGUCUCUGGCCCUCAGUGUCCCUUCAUUUUAUUGGCGGCUCACUGGGGAGGAGUUGGAUCCCAGCCUAUUGCACGUAGCACCUGCACGGCUGCAAGUGGUACAUCAUGCAGACUCCCAGCAAGUGUGCAUUGGUGGGAAGACCUCUUCCUCCAUCGUCACCAAUACAAGCAACCCCACAGGGCAGUGUGCUGAGCCCCCUGCUCUACUCCAUCUUCACCCACGACUGCGUAACCAAGUACUGCUCCAACUCCAUCUUGAAGUUGCUGACAACACUACUGUCAUCGGUCUGAUCUGCAAUGAUGAUGAGAAGGCCUAUGGGGAGGAGGUAAGGCACCUUGAAGGAUGCUGUCGGGAUAACAACUUCACCCUCAACGUUAGCAAAAGCAAGGUGCUGAUCCUGGACUUUCACAAGCAGAUGACUCUCCAAAGUCCUAGCUACAUCGCAGAGGAUGCUGUGGAGCAGAUCAGCAGGGUCAAGUUCCUCGGGCACACAGCUUCCGGCGGUCCAAGACAUCGUCUUCAGGCACUGUCUCAGAAAAGCCAGCAGCAUUUUGAGAGAGACUAG